AAAUGACCUUUUAAAGUAAAAAAAAUUCUGAGUCAGUAGACGACUUUAUUUGAUUAUUAUAUUAUAAGUUUGUGUUAUAUUGGUGAUAGUGAAAACUGACCUAAUUUGUCAGGGACAGCGAUGCGCUUUGCUGGUAACGAAUGUUUGAUUUUUGCAAGGCGGAGGGACAGAGCGCAAUGUUCAGUCAACAAUCCUGAAAAAGAAUAGCGACUAGCCCUCAGCACUAUAUGGAAAUCAUAGUUGUUAAUAACUGGGAACCUGGAGUCUGUUGUGAUGAAGCCUUGUAGCUACCGAACAAAAAUGCCUUUUUUCCAACCAAUCAAUUUUUACUAUAUUUGGGGAUUGAUCAGUGUGAUUGCAAUUCCAUUGUCUUUUGGUGAGAUGUACACGUCGUUACUGAACAUUAAGCAAGCCAUUAAUGUUGAAAGAGAACUUAUCAGUCAUUUACAAACGUACAUCGAGCACGAGUCAGAGAGACUCGACGACAUCAAAAGGUUCUAUUCAAAAGUGUCUGACGUGCAUAAAGAAGUGUACAGUGGAGCAGCAGCAUCGAUGUCAAACCCACUGGUGGCGUUUACUCUGAUCAAGCGCUUACAGUCAGAGUGGCAGAACGUGGUUUACAGUGAAGAGGCCGUUGAGAACACCCAAGCCCUCAGGUCAGGUUACGAGGAAGAAGAGGCCAUCUUACCCAAACUGGAGGACUUGUAUGGGGCAGCUAGAGGUCUGAUGAGGCUGCAGGAUGUGUAUGAUCUUCAGGUGGGGGGGCUGGUGAGGGGCCACUUCCAGAGGGGGACGAAUGACAACCCUAUUAACAUCUACAGUCCACCAGUUUCCAUCCCACUUUCUGGAGAUGACUGCUUUCUGGUCGGAAAGGUAGCCUAUGAGCAGGAGGAUUACUACCACUCUGUCCAAUGGCUGGAGGAGUCUGUCCGCCUGUUCCGUGGGUCAGGAGGGGAGUGGAGCCCAGAGAACGAGGGCACUCUGGAAGAUGCUCUGGACCACCUGGCUUUCUCACACUUUAAGACAGGAAACGUGACCUAUGCACUCAGUCUCUCCCAGGAGUUGCUUCACCACGAUCCCAUGAACGGCAGAGUUCUACAGAACGUGGAGAAGUACGAGAGGCUGCUUGUUGAAAGUCCACAGUUACAGGAUUCUGAUGGCGUGUUGAAGAGGCCCAACACCACUUAUCUCAGGACAAGGAACGCAUAUGAGAGACUGUGCCAGACACAAGGUCAUCAGCUGAGAGUUGGCUUCAUUCUCAUACUAGCUAGCAAGGAGGGAAGAACAUUCAAAACGAGUUCUCCAAAGCACUAUGAGAACCCUGACCUCUUCUGUGACUACUUCACCAAUGGCAGUCCGGGCCUGUUGCUGAAGCCAGUCAGACGAGAGGUUCUCAGCCUGCAGCCGUUCGUGGUCCUCUACCACAGCUUCAUCACUGACGCUGAGGGUAACAACAUCAAGUUCCAUGCCCAUCCUGGGUUAAGGAGGUCUGUGGUGGCAUCAGGAGAGAAGCAGGCAACAGCUGAGUAUCGAAUCAGCAAGAGUGCAUGGUUGAAGGACACAGUCCACCCUAUUGUGAAGCAACUGGACCAGCGCAUCUCUAUGCUCACAGGGCUGAACGUCCAGCCUCCACACGGAGAGUACCUCCAGGUGGUCAACUAUGGUAUCGGAGGUCACUAUGAACCUCACUUUGAUCAUGCUACAUCAGCAUCAAGUCCCCUGUUUAAGCUUAAAACCGGGAAUCGAGUGGCAACGUUUAUGAUAUAUCUCAGCUCUGUUGACGCAGGCGGGUCCACAGUCUUCAUCCACGCCAACUUCAGUGUUCCUGUUGUGCAGAAUGCUGCCCUCUUCUGGUGGAAUCUCCAUAGAAACGGUCAAGGUGACGGGGACACCCUGCAUGCUGGUUGUCCUGUCCUUAUUGGAGACAAAUGGGUGGCUAACAAAUGGAUCCAUGAGUAUGGCCAGGAGUUCCAGCGUCGCUGCAGCACUAACCCUGAAGAGUGAAGACACUGGAAGCAGCAGCUGGGACCGCUUGGAGUACAAGAGACAGACUCCACAAUGGAGUGGUGCAAUCGCAGGCUUAAAGGAGGGGGGGCGCCAAAUCCAGAGAAAGUGAAGGAAAGGAAAGAGGGAAGGGGAGAGAGGCGGGAGGCUGCAGGUCUGUGAUUGGAGCUCCAGGCCCAGGGGAGCAUGGGG